AUGACUUGGCAAAGUGAACUGAGGGAUGGAAACUCAGCUCCAAAGGGUGACCCGGCACAAGCCUUCGAAUGCUGUACAUCUCAUUGUGUCCAAACCUUUCUGACUAGCAAAGCUCGAUCGGAAUAUUUGGAUGAAACAUUGGAAAAAUUCUCCAAGAUGACUGACAAUGAGGUGAACGCUUUUCUCAUCGGAUUGCUGGGGAGAUGUGACAAGGUAGGUGGACGUACGAAGUAUGCCUUAUGUGGCUUUGGUGUUUGCCGUGAUGGAUUCGCUGCACUCAUGCGCAUCAACAAGAAAAGGGUACAACGCCUGCUUUCAUCGGGUGGUGUUGAAGUGAACCAGGUCCCAGUCGACAGGAGGAAAUUCAAUGGUCCCAAGCAAUGCCCGAAGACCAUAUCGGCUGAUGCAUUUUUCAACCAUUACUACCACAACGUGGCUGAGCCUCUUGCAGAGACACCAGCGGUUGAAGAUGACCCAUAUGUGUCGCGCUUGCAUUGUACCGGCCCUGUGACCGAUGAUGCGCCUCCAAGUCUCUUUGGGCUGGAGCCGAAGCUUUCAGACAAGACGUGUGCCAAGGCCAACGCUGUGACCGGUUCCGGCCAUGCGGGCUUGAUGGGUGGAAAGGGUGCUUUGCAAUGCAGACAUGUGCACCACAUGACCAUGGAGGCAUGGUACCACAUCUACUGUGGCUGGUGUGAUUCGAAUAAGGUCCCACCUGAAGAGCGUGCUAGCAACCGGACUUUCCGGAUCGUGUAUGAUCAGACCUGGAAGGUGACAAUGCCAAUGCGGGAGAUUUCGCAGCAUGCGAGGUGCUCCCAGUGCGCUCACUUCACUGCUCGAAUUGGGCAUGUCCACACGGCUGACGAAAAGGCUGCUUUGGAGCACUGUCAGAAUAUCCAUUUGUCCAAUGUUCGAGCCUAUCGGACCCUACAGGCCAGGCUGGCCACAUUGUCCGAGCAGUCGACGGUGGUGGACGCUACGGAGACUUGCCUGAUGAUUUCUGUGGACGGCUUGGAUCAAGCGAAGACCCGGUGGCCUAGAAAUCUUUCUUCCUCCAAGAGCUUGGACAAGCUGUGGCGGCCACAGGUCCACUUGAUUGGCUACAUCUGCCACGGCGUUUGUGAAGGAUUCUUCGUGGUUCCUGCUGAUGUUCCCAAUGACUCGAGUUGUGAGAUCACUGUGAUUGAGACCAUUUUGGAUUGGGCCCAUGAUAUCCUUCGAUCUCGCAAGUGCUCCAUGCCCACAAACUUGGUCUUGGAGACCGACAAUUGCGCGCGAGAAGGGAAAAAUUCCAUCGUAGCAAAGUGGUCAUGCCAAGCAGUGGCGAAGGGAAAGUUCCUGUCCGUCUCCCAUAUCUAUGGGGAGGUUGGCCACACACAUGGACCAGUAGAUCAAAGGCUGAGUAUUGCCGUCAGUGCAUUCUCGAAUGAGGACACGAUCCAAACACCAGGGGACUUUCUGAAGAUCUUGGACACAAAGGUUUCUCCAGUGAAGGGCCGAGAGUUGAAGAACGGGAUGCUUGAGGGGACUUGGGAUUACAAGACCUGGGUGGAGCAAUUGGGGCUUCAGAUCUCAGGGCUGGUUCCGAAUGCGCGUGCGGUUGGUGGGGAUGAACAUCGGGUGAACCACUCUUGGCGGUUCAUUCGGCGAUGUGAUCUUCCGAAGUAUGACCAGAAGACUGGUGAGUCAUGGGCUCCACUGGAGAUUGAAGGGCUGGGACCUGGAAAGGAGCUCAGCUACACACCCUGUGAUCACGAUGUCAUCUUUCUCGCAAAGGAGCUGGUGAACAGCAACGAGCUGUCUCAAAGGCCUUUGGUGGCACUUCCCAAGGACUUCUUGGCCAAACUCAAAGAACCCUUGAAGCUGAUUCUUCGCAAUCCAAUUCCAGAGCGAUCCCUGAAAGAGUUUCUGAAGACUGCGCGAGUCAUUGAGCAAGAACCUUGGUAUCUUCUCCGGGCUGCGGAGGAGCUUCGUCACUGGAUCGAUAUGAAUCAAAAGAAGAGCUGGCCCGUUCCCCAUAUGCCGGUUUGGAUGCACCAAGCUGACACACGCCCUGUUGGAGUCGAACCCAAUCCUACGGGGUGGGAGAAGUUUGCGCCGGGUCCUGUCUGCCAGAUCCAAGUCGUUGAGCAGAAGCCCCCGGCAGAGCCCAAACCAAAACGCCAACCCAAAAGAGCAGAACCCAAGGAAGCAUGCGAACCCAAGAAACGGGGGCGGCCUCGAAAGCACCCCAUUCUUGUUCCCAAUGCUGCUGCUGUGCCCGACCAGCUGAGCCAGGGUGGGAAUGGGGUUGAUGCUGCGAAUGCUGAGGUUGGUCCAGGUGCUGGUAUUGCUGAACUCCCUCAGGUUGACCAAGGUGAAGGGGUUGAGGGUGUCGUUGGUGUGGGAGGUGCUGCCCCAGCUGAAGGUGCUGCCCCCGAUGCUGUGCCGGUUGCAGAUGAUCGUGCCAAGGUUUAUGGGUGUCCCAGGUGCUACUUCAGUCCUAAGGGUUGUUCGACCUGCCGCCGGCCCGAGUACAAACCUAGGAAACCCAAAGCCAUGCCCAAAGCAAAGCAGGCUCCCAAAGCAGCAGCAGCAAAGAGCACAGCCAAGAAGGUCAUGAAAACUCCGGGUCGGGGAAAGAAACCUGGCCGAUCUGUUCGUGCCAAAUCCUGA